UCCGGGUGGCGACGCUCUGGCCCGCGUUUGCUCGAUGGUCGCGCGCUGCCACCCGGGCCCGCACGGUCCAGUCGCCAGGGGGCGCGCUGACCGGCGGCGCCGAUCUCCGAGCUGCGCGGCCCGACUCGCGUCCGCCAUAUUGGAUGCCGCAGCCGCUGCUGCCAGCGCUUCCUCCUCCGUCUUCGCCGCGCGCGGGUGGUUCCUGCGGCCCAAGCGGCGGGGAGGUGAAAGAGGAGUCUGACGGAGGAAGCGGGUGGAGACCCUUCCCCGCCGGCGCCUGCCUUCGCGGCGCCCCCUCCUCGUGGCCGCGCCGCCACCCCCGGCCCGCGCUCUCCGCCCAGCGCAGUGGCCGCCUCCUCUUCCGCCGCCGGGCUCGGGGCCUCCGCGCCGUCAACAUGGAGGCCGUGAAAACCUUCAACAGCGAGUUGUAUUCCCUGAAUGACUACAAACCACCUAUUUCUAAAGCAAAAAUGACCCAAAUUACUAAGGCAGCCAUCAAAGCUAUUAAGUUCUAUAAACAUGUGGUACAGAGUGUUGAGAAAUUCAUUCAGAAAUGUAAACCAGAAUAUAAGGUACCUGGACUUUAUGUUAUCGACUCCAUUGUACGACAAUCUCGACAUCAGUUUGGUCAAGAAAAGGAUGUAUUUGCACCCAGAUUUAGUAAUAACAUCAUUAGCACUUUUCAGAAUUUAUAUCGUUGCCCUGGGGAUGACAAGAGUAAAAUAGUGAGAGUAUUGAAUUUAUGGCAGAAGAAUAAUGUAUUUAAGAGUGAGAUUAUUCAACCUCUUUUGGAUAUGGCAGCAGGAAUUCCCCCUCCAGUCGUUACACCUGUUCUGGCCAGUACUACCGCUGCCAUGAGCAAUACCCCAGGAACUCCUGUGACGCCUGUUACUCCAGCCAAUGUGGUACAGGGUUUACCCGAUCCAUGGGUAUCUCAGAUAACAAGUACAGAUACACUUGCAGCUGUAGCUCAGAUCUUACAAAGUCCUCAAGGCCAGCAGCUUCAGCAGUUAAUACAGACGUUGCAGAUACAGCAGCAGAAGCCUCAGCCUUCCAUCCUGCAGGCCCUGGAUGCUGGUCUUGUUGUGCAGCUGCAGGCUCUCACGGCACAGCUCACAGCUGCUGCAGCCGCUGCCAACACCCUCACUCCCUUAGAACAGGGAGUGUCCUUUAACAAGAAGUUGAUGGAUAGAUUUGACUUUGGGGAAGAUUCUGAGCAUAAUGAAGAAACCAAAAAGGAAAUCACAACUUCUCAACUUUCUCAUGUUUCAGACUCUGUGAACAAUUCCAUUUUUCAUCAGAUAGCAGAACAGCUACAGCAGCAGAACCUUGAACAUCUUAGACAACAACUCCUGGAACAACAGCCUCAAAAGGCAACCCCUCAGGACAGCCAAGAAGGAACAUUUGGAUCAGAGCAUUCUGCAUCCCCAUCACAAGGGAGCAGUCAACAGCAUUUCCUUGAACCUGAAGCAAAUUUGGAUGAUUCCAUAGAUAUUCAGCAACAGGAUAUGGAUAUAGAUGAAGGACAAGAUGGAGUAGAAGAGGAGAUCUUUGAACAAGAAGCAAAGAAAGUGGCUGUUCGCUCAAGAUCAAGAACACAUUCACGAUCUCGUUCAAGAUCACCAAGAAAACGAAGGUCUAGGUCACGAUCUGGUUCUCGAAAGCGUAAACACAGAAAACGAUCACGCUCACGCUCAAGAGAAAGAAAGAGGAAGUCAUCACGUUCAUACUCAAGUGAAAGAAGAGCUAGAGAAAGGGAGAAAGAACGGCAGAAAAAGGGAUUACCUCCAGUUAGAUCUAAAACAUUAAGUGUGUGUAGUACUACUCUGUGGGUUGGUCAGGUAGACAAGAAGGCCACACAGCAAGAUUUAACCAACCUGUUUGAAGAGUUUGGACAAAUUGAAUCCAUUAAUAUGAUUCCUCCCAGGGGCUGUGCUUAUGUCUGCAUGGUUCAUCGACAAGAUGCCUUUCGUGCUCUUCAGAAACUUAGUUCUGGAUCAUAUAAAAUUGGGUCCAAGGUCAUUAAGAUUGCUUGGGCUUUAAACAAAGGUGUAAAAACAGAAUAUAAACAAUUCUGGGAUGUGGAUCUUGGAGUUACAUAUAUACCUUGGGAAAAAGUUAAAGUAGAUGACUUGGAAGGUUUUGCAGAAGGAGGCAUGAUUGAUCAGGAAACUGUAAAUACUGAGUGGGAAACUGUGAAAAGCUCAGAACCUGUUAAAGAGACGGUCCAGACAACUCAGAGCCCAACUCCAGUUGAAAAGGAGACAGUGGUCACAACCCAGGCAGAGGUUUUCCCUCCACCUGUUGCUAUGUUACAGAUUCCAGUAGCACCAGCUGUGCCUACAGUUAGUUUAGUACCACCAGCAUUUCCUGUGUCAAUGCCGGUUCCUCCUCCUGGAUUCAGUCCAAUCCCUCCACCUCCUUUUCUGAGAGCAAGUUUUAACCCAUCACAGCCACCUCCUGGUUUCAUGCCACCUCCAGUUCCACCUCCUGUUGUACCACCACCUACUAUUCCACCAGUAGUACCAACAUCUUUAGUGCAGCCACCAUUAUCCAUGACUCCAGAAACCGUGAAGGACGUUGGAUUUGGUAGUCUCGUUUUACCGGGUGGUUCUGUUGCCAGCAGUCUUGCUGCUUCCACCCUGCCAGCUGGAAAUGUUUUUAAUCCUCCAGCUAAACAAGCAGAGCCUGAAGAAAAAGUACCUCAUCUUAUAGAACACCAGAUUUCUGGUGAAAACACCAGAUCAGUGAUUCCAAAUGACAUUUCAAGUACUGCAAUUUUAGGAGGACAACCGCCAAAUGUGACAAGCAAUUCUGGAAUUCUGGGUGUCCCAAGACCAAAUGUAUCAAGUAAUUCUGAAAUUCUUGGAGUCCGGCCUUCUAAUGUUUCCAGUAGUUCUGGAAUUAUUGGAGCCCAGCCACCAAAUAUUCUAAAUAACUCUGGUAUUUUGGGAAUACAGCCACCAAGUGUUUCGAGUAGUUCUGGACUUCUGGGAGUGCUACCCCCAAAUAUCCCUAACAAUUCUGGACUUAUUGGAGUACAGCCACCAAGUAUUCCAAAUACUUCUGGACUUUUGGGAACACAGCCACCAGCUGGGCCUCAAAACUUACCCCCUUUAAAUCUCUCUAGUCAGAGGAUGCCUCCAAUCCCAAUGCUGGAUAUUCGUCCAGGACUGAUACCACAGACACCUGGACCAAGAUUCCCUUUAAUACAGCCUGGAAUUCCACCCCAACGGGGAAUCCCUCCCCCAUCAGUACUUGAUGCAGCUCUUCAUCCACCACCUCGUGGUCCUUUUCCUCCAGGAGAUAUUUUUUGUCAACCAGAAAGACCUUUUCUAGUUCCUGGAAGACAAAGUGUAGACAAUGUUACUAAUCCAGAAAAAAGGAUACCGCUUGGGAAUGAUAGCAUUCAACAGGAAGGAGAUAGAGAUUACCGGUUUCCUCCCAUAGAAACCAGGGAAAGCAUUGGUAGACCUCCCCCAGUGGAUGUCAGGGAUGUGGUUGGACGACCUGUAGAUCCAAGAGAAGGUCCUGGAAGGCCUCCGUUAGAUGGUAGGGAUCAUUUUGGAAGACCACCUAUAGAUAUUAGAGAGAAUCUUGUGAGGCCAGGUAUAGAUCAUCUUGGUCGGAGAGACCACUUUGGCUUUAAUCCAGAGAAGCCCUGGGGACAUAGAGAUUUUGAUGAGAGAGAGCAUCGGGUUCUACCUGUUUAUGGUGGUCCAAAAGGCUUACAUGAAGAAAGAGGUAGAUUCCGGUCUGGAAACUAUCGAUUUGAUCCUAGAAGUGGUCCUUGGAACAGAGGAUUUGGACAAGAAGUUCACAGAGAUUUUGAUGACCGCAGAAGACCCUGGGAGAGGCAAAGGGACAGGGAUGACAGAGAUUUUGAUUUCUGCAGAGAAAUGAAUGGAAAUCGUCUUGGACGAGAUAGAAUGCAAAACACCUGGGUCGCCCCCCCUCAUGCUCGGGUUUUUGAUUUUUUUGAAGGGACCACUUCUCAGCGAAAAGGUGAUAAUGUGCCUCAGGUUAAUGGUGAAAAUACUGAGAGACAUGCUCAGCCACCACCCUUACCAGUACAGAAUGAUCCUGAACUUUAUGAAAAACUGACAUCUUCAAGUGAAACAAACAAGGAGAAGAGUGACACAGUUGCUGAUGUAGAAAGUGAACCAGUGGUAAAAAGCACAGAAACUGAGGGGACAUAAUCAUCACUCAGUAGGUAAAAGAUACCUUUUGUAAAGUUGUCAUCUCUCUGUAAUAGGUUAAUGGCUGACUGGACCAUAGUUGUUCACUUUGUCUGCCAGAAUUAAGUUAAUCUGAUGUUCAUGUUCACCUUUCUCUUAAAAUAAUUGUACAACUGACUUGUAUAGACAUUGUUCUUAAUAUGAACAUGGUAGGUAAACAUUUUUUUAUUUUUCUGAUAAAAUAGAAAUGUUGCCCCCAAAUUCUUUUAACUUCAAGGAAAUGAAUAACAGCUUGUCAGAGACUUCCUAUGGAAGAAAGAAUUUUUUAGAUACUACCAUUAGGUUGGAUAUGGUGAUAGAUAUAUUUCAAAAUAGCAAGUGGUGGUAUAUCUUAUCCAUAUCUUUAGGCUGCUGCAGAAUUUUAAGGUAAUAGACAAAGCUGUGAUAUUUUAUGCAAAGACUGGCUCUAGAUAUUUGAGGAGCACAAUACAGAGAUUUUAAAAAGUGAUUUUGUAAAAUCUACACUAUGGUCUCUGUUUCUCCAAAGUAAGUGUUUGUGAUUUGUUCCUCAUACUGCAGUGAGUAAAAAAAACAAAAAACAAAAAAGAAAACAACAUAAAUAUUAAAGUACGUUUCAAUGUUGGGUGAAUUUUGUUUUUAGAUGCCAAUAAAACUUACUUGUUUGAUAACAGUGUUCUAGGAAUUGUAUUUUUUUAACCUACAAAUUCUUAAAACCCUGGAUCGUUAGCAGCAUGUGCUUAGUUGUUGCAAAAGUUCUCUAUACUCUUAAUAACAAUGAAGAACUGUGGUGGAAAAAACAUGUACUUUGAUAUAAAAACUGUGCAGUCUCUAGUAUGUAUGUAAUAUCUUUGUAUAUUGAUUGUGUAAGUCAUGCAUAGAUUUUUCUGUUUAUUUCCUGCACAUACAGAGAAAAAUAGGAAGUUGAUAAGUGAGAUAAUAUUCUUUAAAAUCAGAUAGAAAAUUAGAGAAAUUCAGCUAAUCUACAUUGCUCAUAGUUACAGCUCUUAGCAUUUAUGAAGGUAACAUAAGAAAUAUCAUAUAAAGAAAUACACUGGUAGUUUGGCAAUUCUUUUUUAUAUAGCUAAGCAUGAUGCCAGAUUGAGCAUGGACCCAAAUGUCAUGUAAAUAAUUGCAUUGCUUUGUUUCACACUAUACUUGCUAUUCUACCUAGAUAGGGCUAGUACUAAAGUACUUGCUGGUCACUUGCCUGAAGUGAAUUUCUUAAUUGCACAAAAUAUAUAGUGUUGUUGGUGGAUUUUAAAACAUUAAUUUGUAUACCAGGAACAAAGUGUCCAUUGUGUGUUCUGUAGGCAGGCUCUGGGUAACACUGUUCAGAUUAGCCUCCAAAGUAAACUGAGUAGCAGGAAAAUUUGGGAUUGGCUUCCUGUUUAUUUAUUAUUUUGCUUUUAAUUUUCAUUUAUUUGCUGUUUAUUUCUCCUUUGGGUUUUACAUAUGUACACAUACAUAUAAAACCAUUGGUGCUUUUCAUUUGCAAUGAAGGCUUUCACUUGGUUCUUUGGAUAGUCAUUCUGUUUCCUGUGCAUUUCCAACUUGCAUCGUUUGCUCUUUUUACCUAAAAUUCUUAAGCUACUUUUGUCAAGCCUGCCCAAAACUGAUAGAGCACACCAGCCAUUUAAAAUUGGAUUGUUUUUGCUUACUUCUAUUAUCUAGAGACCUCUUUGCCAAAAAUAUUUUCUUCUAUAGAUUCUGAGUAGAAAUAGUACAUUAUGUAUUUUGUUACUUGCAAAAGUGGAUGAGAGUGGAAAUUUGGUGUUUAUUUGUAAGAAUUCAGUUCAGUCUAGUAAUUUGAGUUGGUUUCAGAUCUUUUCCUUGGGGUAAUGGGAAAACCUGUGACAUGGGUACAAAGUUUUUUAAUGUUCAGGAAAGGUUGUCCUUGUGUUUAAGGAAAUUGUACUGACUGGGGUUUCUCUCAAACUACUUUAGUUGCAUUUACCAUUAUUAAAAUUAAGUGGCAUUCACUUGGAGUAAGUAGAGAUAAAAAGUGUGAGACUUUUCAGUGAGUUUUGAUUCCAUACUUUGUAUUACUGUUAGGCCUUCAUGUGCAAACUUGAAAACUAAAAACAUGUACAAGUACUGCCCUAGUUUGAAGAUUCUAGUGGUGAAAAUUAACUGGUCUUUGUCGGUACCGUAUCUAAAAACUCAUCUGGGAAUAUGUGACACUUACAGUAGCUGAAAAAAAAUUAUGUGUACUUGUUCUCACUUUCCUUAUUUGAAGCAGAAUACUUUAGUGAAAGAAUGUUACUCAUCCUCGGGCUGAAUAUUCAAAAACUAAUAUUUACAUUCACCAUUAUUUAAUGAUGAAGAGGAAAAGUUAGUUUGUCUUACUUUGAUAACUUUGAUAUAGGACCUAUCACAUUUUUUAUGCUUUUGAUCACAAUGCUGUCACUAGAAUGUAGCACUUAGGAAUAUGCAAGGAGUAACCUAACCACUUUAAUAAAAUAGUUGAAGUGCUGCAGGCAGUAACUACAUUAGACACCAAAUCACAGUGUUUUGAUUUGUGAUAUGUUAGAAGAAGAGUAAUAGGACCUUCUGUGGUAUUAGUAGAUUGCAAUAUUAUACAUUAUUUUUAAAUGUUUUUUUAUGUCUAAAUUUUUCAUUAAACAUUGGCUUCUGUUUUUAUACUGUACUUUAAUCAUUUAUAUUGUAAAUAGAAACAUUUUACAGCAAAGUAGUUUUUAUAAGUAGCAUAUUAAGGGUAGAUGCUCCUUUGUUCUAAUUUUAUUUCAUUGUAUAGCAUGGACAAAUACUUAGCAUUGGAAGAUGAAAUAGUAUAUAUAAAAUUGUUUAAACUCUGGAAAUGACUUCAUAAAAUAUUUAAUUGAUAAAUUUGCUCAUGAUUUAAACUGUUACAUUCCUAACAGAGAGGUUUCUUUUAUCCUGAUAAUUUAGUUGCUUCAUGAAAUUUAUUGGCCAUUUUUCACUCAUAUAUAAAUAUUAUAGUUUCUGGGCUACACAUUUAGGGUUAUUUUGAAGGUGGGGCCAGUUUUGUUAACAUUUAUAAAGAAAAAGUUAUUUCUUCUAAUUUUAAAAGUAUUGUUUAUGAACAGUGAAGUUCAUCAGCUCUUAAGAUGUCAUUGAUUUUAAAAGGCACCAAUCAGAAAUAAAAAGUGCUUCCAAUAUGACAUGCUGCAGUUACAAGAUCCAUCCCUAAUUCAGGAAUGUCAAAAUGUAAGGUGUUUAAGGAUCAAAUACAGUAUUCAUUAUUGAGCUUGAUAUAGAUACAUUCCCUUACUCAUUAAGUGAUUUAAAGAAUAUUUUGAUCUUUUUCAUCGUUGUAUAUAUCUUGCCUUAGAUGGGCACAACUUUAAUAUAAAAGAAAGUUUUAAUAUUCAAUUAAAAAUAAUUUUUGUUAUACCUUAUGUGCCUUCAAUAUUACUUUUCUGGGUGCUAUAUUAAUAAAAUGUCUGAAGGCCUUCUAACUCAAAGAAAGAAAACAUUAAUUUUCUCUUUAACUAUUUUACACAAUAUAAAAGAAGUCUCUUUAUUUGUAUUUAAAAUAGGCAAAAUAAGUAAAUUAUUAUAAGUAAUAAUAAAUACUGUAGUGAGGCAGAGAAUUAUAAAUGUUUCCUUUAAACUGUAACUUAAGGUAUAAGGUGUAGGCUCUAAAAACUUUAUUUUCCACCUCUGAAGAAAAGAUCACUGCACUUUUUAAUGGGAGAUUUAAAAACAAGGUGGUCCAGCAAAACUUUCUGGAACUAGAAUUUAAAAUUAAUGGCCCAGUUUAUUUUCUUUUGGGUGGCGUAUUUUAAACAGAGGCAUGCAUAUUGAAAGCAAUUUGAAAUACAUUGUCUCUGUGGUUCUCAGCUAAAGAAUUAAUAACAAUCACCUGAAGAGAUACAUGUUUACAUACACACACCCGUACCCCUUCUAGAUAGGUGUAUAUAUAUAUGUAUACUUUUUAAAACUCACCAACCUCCACUUUAGAUGUAUUAAGAUAUGUAUUUAGUAUACCAUACACUUGGGAUUUUUGUUUUUUAAGAAGUAAAAUACUUUAGUGAUUCAGAAUUAUUUUUAGUGUUUCAACAAAUAUGUACUUAAUUGUAACAAUUGGAGGAUAAAGUCGAUUAUCACAGAUGUUUUAUACUCAAGGAUUAAUCCAAAAAUGAAUUAUUCUAGCAAUAAAGGGAUGGAAGGAAGCAUAUGAGAUGGUUUAUAGGAAAUAUUUUUGAUUCAAGUGAAAACUAUUAAAUGAUAACCAAGGAAUAAUCUACUUGGUAUCAUGAAAUUAAAUGUUUUCAAUUAUAGAAAGCCCCUUUGGGACAAAAUUUCAAGCAUUAAAUCUAUCAGGGACUAGAAAUUAUGUUCUUAGGACUACUUAGAUGUGGAUUGUACAACAAAAACUAAUACAACCCAGUGGUUUAUUUGGGCAUGAAUUUUGCUCAACCGCUGUUCUUCCCUCUACUUAAUUCUCUCCUCUUUCCAGAGGCUCUUUUUGUCCUCUGUGUGCACUUAAGAGUUACGCUACCUUGUUCUAGUCAAGAUACAAAGCCAAUGUUCUAAGUAAAAUAUAUAGUAUAUCAAGGGGUAGAAUUGUGUUAAUGGGCUAUCUUUAUAUGAGAAAUGUUAGAUGGUUUGGAUAGGAUGACCUGUAGUGAAGGGAAGCUAAGACAGUGCUUAUGCAUAGAGCUCAGUAGAUAGUAGAGAGUGAACUUGGAGCUUGUGAGUUGGAGCCCUUCGUUGAACAAGCAUUAGAUGAGUUGGAUGAGCAUGUCACACUCAUGUGACAGUGGCAGAUGUGUGGCGUUUGGUUGAUCUGUGUUGUUCGGCAUUCCUACCACUGCCACCACCACCACCGCCUGCCAUGGACAGCUAUCUCACUGUUCUGUGGUGUUCUCUUGUUCUGCCUUUCCCAUGUUUUUCUAAUCUUUCUAAUCAUAACACUCAUGCUUCCUUUUUUACCCAUUAUUUCAGGCAAGGACUAGGAAUUCGAUUUGUCUGUGUUGAAAGCAGUUUGCUGCCCUUUGGCUUAGUGAUUUCUAAGGUCAUUUUCAGCAUUUAAGUACCUUGAGUUUAUGAAAUAAGUUUUCCGUAAGAGACCAGUUGAGGAAGGAACUGAGGGAAACACUAACAGUAUUAGAAUGCUGUGUAAGAGAGCACAGAUUUCAUUGCCUUUGGGUUUUCAGAACUAACAUUUGGUAGAUGUAUGUCUUGGGACGAAUUAAUGCACCUGUAAGCAUCAUUUCUUAAUAGUUAAUCUGCAGGGUCACUUUUUAAAGUUAUUAUUGAAUAUAAUCUUGGCUAAUAUUUAAUGGACACGUACUAUAUGACAAGAACUGGGGUAAUUUUAUUACCUGCAUAUUAUCCUCAUGACACUCCUGAGGUAGUUACUAUUUUAAUAUUUAUUUUGCUAAAGAGAAACCUAAGUCACAGAUUUAAGUAAUUUCCCAGGGUCUUGCAACUUGUAAAUAUUUGAGCAAAGAUCGAAACCCAGAUCUAUCAGAUUCAGAAAUUUGUACCACAUAAUAGAAUGCCAGACAAACAUGGCAGAGGCUCUCCAGUUAUUAGUUCCUCUUGUCUUCAGAAAAGACAGAUUUGUGCAGAAAAAUGUAAAUUUGAGCAGCUUGACCUGGCUUACCGGGUAAGGCUGCAAUUAAACACUCAACUUGGGUUUUUAUUGUGUUUUAUUUUAUGGGGCUAUCUUAUUUUCCUAUUGCUAAAUAAGCACUUCAGCUUCAUUUUCUUGGAUUCUAUUUUCUGGAUUUUGUUUAUUCUUAAGAUUAUGCCUUGGCAUAGUACUGUUAACUUUUAUUUAUAACUUUGUAUUUUGGAGGCAGGAUUGUGUUGCAUUGAUAUUAAAUAAUAUCUUUUUGAAAACACGUCUCUCCACAUAAAAUUGCAAAUCUUUUUUAUUCUUUAAGGUGUUUUAAUAUAUGUAAGACAGAGUGAGCAAUUGCUUGCAGUUUGUAUUUUAGGCUAAUGGCUUUGGCAGCUCCUUUCUAAAAUUUGACAUUCACACCCUGUAUGUAUAGCCAAAAUUUAGAAUUUUCCAUUGUGUAUAAAAUUCCUAUGAGGAUUAGUCUGUCCUUUAAUGAAAUAGGUAAAAUUAUUCAAGUGGUGAAUGAAAACUAACACUGAUGUAGUCUUCACUUGAAUUCAAGCAGUUUGAAAGCUAGUUAUUGUCAUAGCAGUGGAUAAUUUGCAGUUACUUUACUUUAUUAGAGUAUAUAACCUGAUUCUAGGUUUUCUUUCAAGUCUUCUAACUUUAGAUUCAUAUAAGGCUUAUUAAUCCACAGCAUGUCAUAGUGCUGGCAUUGAUCACCCUUCCUGGAGACUUCAGACAGAUGACUCUAAACAUUGUGGCCAUUUUACUAAUCCACAUAUCAGGCACAUGCAUAUUAUAUUUGGGAGUUGUACUACUAUUUCUACUAAUUUUGCCAAAGGUAAUUAUUUUGCUUAUGUUGUGAUUAUUACGUGAAAUAAAAAAGUUUUGCAUUUGAA